AUGAUUGAGGGAAUGGUGAAGGAUGGUGUUAUUGAACCUUCAUCUAGUCCAUGGUGUUCACCUGUGGUGCUGGUAAAGAAGAAGGACGGCAGCAUGCGGUUUUGUGUUGACUAUCGCCGCCUGAACGACAUUACAAAGAAGGACAGCUAUCCCUUGCCAAGAAUUGAUGACACGCUGGAUAUGCUUACAGGCGUAAAGUGGUUCAGUACGCUAGAUCUGAAAAGUGGCUACUGGCAGGUUGAAAUUGACCCUCAGGACAAGGAGAAAACUGCAUUCUCCACAGGAAAGGGUCUGUGGCAAUUCAAAGUCAUGCCGUUUGGAUUGUGCAAUGCUCCAGCAACGUUUGAAAGGUUGAUGGAGCUUGUACUUACCGGGCUAAUUGGAGAUGCUUGUCUGGUCUAUUUGGAUGACAUCAUCAUCGUAGGCCGUACGUUUGAGGAACACCUUCAAAACCUGGAACGCGUGCUCAUGAAGAUCCAGAGUGCCAACCUCAAGUUGAGUCCAAAGAAGUGCUCACUAUUCAAACGGCAAGUUAGUUUUUUGGGGUAUGUAGUGUCGGAAGAAGGUAUCCGCACGGAUCCAGAGAAAAUUGCUGCUGUCAAGGAGUGGCCGGUCCCAAAAGACAAGACACAGGUUAGAGCAUUUUUGGGUUUGUGCUCUUAUUAUCGGCGAUUUGUGAAGAACUUUGCAGAUAUAGCCAAACCUCUGCACAAGCUAACCGAGGAGAAGCGACAAUUCUGCUGGGAUGAAAGUUGCGAUAUUGCAUUCCAGGAGCUCAAGAACCGCCUGUGCAAAACACCUAUUUUGGGGUACCCUGAUGCGGGCAAGGAAUUCAUAGUUGACACAGACGCAAGUGAUAUAGGACUUGGCGGUGUGUUGUCUCAACGGAAUGGUGAUCAAGAGAUUGUGAUAGCGUACUUCAGCAAGUCGUUGUCAAAGCCGGAAAGGAACUAUUGUGUCACAAGACGGGAAUUGCUUGCUGUGGUAAAGUCCUUGCAGCAUUUUAGCAAAUAUCUUCUAGGGCGGAAAUUCCACUUACGAACUGACCAUGCUGCACUGAAAUGGCUAUUGCAGUUCAAAAAUCCGGAAGGACAAGUUGCGAGAUGGAUAGAACUACUGCAGGAAUACGACUUUGUGAUCGAACAUCGCAGCGGGAAAUCUCAUGGCAAUGCAGAUGCAUUGUCAAGAAGACCUUGCCCUGAAGAUUGCAAGCAUUUUACUAGGCAAGAGGGUAAGGAAGUGGUAUCUGUGAGAAUGCUCAGGACAGACCAGCUCAGCAAUGAGUGGAAGGACAGCCUACAACAUGCACAGCAGGAAGAUUCGGACAUUAAGCCGAUUCUGGAAUGGAUGAAGGCCAGUGCUCCUAAGCCCAAGUGGAGCGACGUCUCAGCAAUGAGUUCGACCACGAAAAGCUAUUGGGCCCAAUGGGACAGCUUGCUGAUUCAGGAUGGAGUCCUGUGCCGUAAAUGGGAAAAUGGUCGGGGAGACAGGUGUCAUUUGCAAAUGGUUGUCCCUAAGGCUAAAGUGCCGGAUAUUCUACAGCUGUACCAUAGUGGUUGUUCAGGAGGCCACCUGGGAGUUUUACUGGGUCCACUGUCGUGA